AUGGCCACCGCCUUCAUUCAGCCACCUCCGCAUUUCCAGCCGGGAGACGACCCCUCAACCGCAUGGGAGGAAUGGCGGGAAGCCUACACCAUAUACGAAGUAGCGUGCGAAUACGAUACUAAGCCUAAGCCAGCGAGGAAGGCACUGCUGCUUCACGUUCUGGGACCGCAAGCACGGCGUAUCGCACAGACGUUUCCGGUGGACCCUGCCGCGGACACCGACGAUGCAGACCCGGUUAAGUACCUCCUGGGCAAGUUUGACGACAUGUAUUGCCCGUACAAGAACGCACAAAAAUGUGACUUCGGUGACAAGUGCGAGAGACUCAUUGGCGACCGUAUAGUGGUUGGCAUACGGGACGCAGCUCUCCGUGAACGUCUAUUACGGGAGCGCGACGUAACACUCGACAAAAUCAUCUCUGCAUGCAAGGCAGCAGAAAUUUCGAAGAGGCACGUUCAGGAAAUUGCGACGUGUGACCAAAAGCCAGAAGUUAGUGCCAUCCACGAGCAGAAAAAGCACACUAAGCCAAAGCAUCUCCCGAUGAGUGCCAACAAGCCGCCGCAGCUGCAUCGCUCGUCUGAAAAUCCUAAUCGCAAGUGUUCUCGAUGUGGAACCUCGCAUAUCCCUCGACAGUGCCCAGCUUAUGGCAAGACUUGCUACAACUGCGGAAAACUGGGCCAUUUCGCGCAUCUGUGCAAGCAGCCGCGUCAGCAGCCAGUAGCGCGCAGACCGCAAAUUGGGUUGCUUGACGAGCAUCCACAGCAAGACUCGCAGGAGGAAUUAUACUUGGGCUGCUUGACUGCAUGCAGUGUAGAUGUCCGCACAGCUGACUGGAGCGAGACUGUCAGUGUGAAUGGCCAUGAAGUGACAUUCAAGUUAGACACCGGGUCGGAUGUCAACAUAAUUCCACAACAGAUCUUCACUCAGUGGCCGUGCAGACCGGCAACAAAGCCAACGACAGCAAAAGUCACUACCUACAGUGGGCAACAGCUUCCAAUAGACUACGAAUGUGAACUCACGUGUGCAGUAAACAACAAGGUGUGCCAACUCAGAUUUCUGUUGGUGAAAGAGCCACUAAAGCCAAUACUGGGGGCCACUGCAUGUACAGCUUUGGGAUUGCUCUCCCGUGUGAAGAUUCUUGAUGCAGCAACGAGCUCACCCAGGACUCUGCCUCAAAAGCAGUACCAACAAGUGCUGGAUGAGUUUCCAGAUAUCUUUGAUGGUAUCGGCCAACUUCCAGGACUGUACAGCAUUCACCUUCGUGACGGUGCCGUGCCAACAGUUUGUGCUCGUCGCAGAAUACCACGUGCGCUCGAGGACAAGGUGAAAAGGGAGCUCGAACGAAUGGAGGAGAAUGGCGUGAUUGUCCCAGUGACUGAGCAUAGCGAGUGGGUUCACCCGAUUGUGGUGAUAACGAAAAAAGAUGGGACUGUGCGUGUGUGUCUGGAUCCUCGCAACUUAAAUGCAGCUCUCAAGAGGCACCACUACCCAAUACCACGACCGGAGGAGCUUUUUGCUAGCCUAAGUGGCUCAACAGUGUUCUCCAUUCUGGAUGCCAAGAGCGCAUUCUGGCAACUGACCCUGGAUGAGCACCACAGCUUUUUCAACAGGCCAUCGAACAAGUGUUUCAAGGCCAAGUCAUAG